AUGUUGUCAGAGAAUAUGUCCUUUAUUAGGGGAAUCUUGGGAGGGUUCUUCCUUCUGGUCUCGAUCUCCUCUCUCACUCAGUUUGCAGCUUUACGAUUGACUUUCGCCAUGGCAGAUGAAGAAGUUGUUGAUCCAAAGAAGUACCUUGAGGAAUCUUGCAAACCAAAAUGUGUGAAGCCACUCCUCGAAUAUCAGGCGUGUGUGAAGAGAAUCCAAGGUGAUGACUCUGGCCACAAGCAUUGCACUGGGCAGUAUUUCGACUACUGGCACUGCAUUGACAAAUGCGUUGCUCCCAAGCUUUUUACAAAACUGAAAUGA